AUCAGCGGCUGCAGCUGGAAACCUGUUGGAGUUUAAAACCAAGGUGAAAAUGAUUGCCACAAGCCAGAGGUUAGGAAGGGCUUUUGCUGCCUCUACUCACCUUCGAGGGAGACCAGCAGCCACUGUGGCUGGGGGCCACCUGAAGCCAGAAUAUGACGCAGUGAUUAUAGGAGCAGGACACAAUGGACUGAUUGCCGCCGCCUAUCUGCAGAGGUUGGGGGUAAACACCGCUGUCCUAGAGAGACGUCACUUGAUUGGAGGUGCUGCUGUCACUGAAGAGCUCAUCCCAGGCUUUAAAUUCUCUCGAGCUUCCUACCUCCUCAGCCUUCUGCGGCCCCAGAUUUACAAAGACUUGGAGCUGAAGAAACACGGACUGAAGGUGUAUCUUCGAAACCCCUACUCCUUCACACCUAUGCUGGAAGAAGGAAUCCAAGGCAAACCCCCGAGGUCACUUUUACUAGGAACGGACGUGGCUGAAACCCAGAAGCAGAUUGCCCAAUUUUCUCCAAAGGAUGCUCAGUCUUUUCCCAAAUAUGAAAUAUUCAUGAAUCGUUUGGCCUCAGCAAUUGAUCCAUUGCUGGAUUCCUCCCCAGUGGACAUGAGUGCUUUUCAACAUGGAUCCCUGAAUCAGAGACUAAGGGCUAUCUUCACGCUCAAACCCCUUUUACAGGCAGGUCUAAUUUUAGGAACACAGCUUCCCCAGUAUUACCAAGUUAUCACUGGCCCAAUUACCAAGGUGUUGGAUGAAUGGUUUGAGUCUGAGCCCUUGAAAGCAACUCUUGCCACGGAUGCUGUAAUUGGAGCCAUGACAAGUCCCUAUACUCCUGGAAGUGGGUAUGUGCUGCUACACCAUGUAAUGGGAGGCCUAGAGGGGAAGAAAGGGGCCUGGGGGUACGUAGAAGGUGGCAUGGGUGCCCUCUCUCAUGCUAUUGCAAAGGCAGCAGAAGCACACGGAGCAAAUAUCUUCACAGAAAAGACUGUGGAUAAAGUACAGGUAAACAGCAAUGGGAGAGUCCAGGGAGUGGUCCUAAAGGAUGGGACCGAAGUGAAAAGCAAACUGGUGCUGUCCAACGCGUCUCCGCAGAUCACCUUCCUGAAGCUUGCACCCCAGGAGCAACUCCCUGAGGAGUUCAUCAAGAGAAUCUCACAGUUGGACACGCAGUCACCAGUCACCAAGAUUAAUGUGGCUGUUGACAAGCUGCCCAACUUCUUGGCUGCACCAAAUGGUACCAGUGGUCGACCCCUGCCCCAUCACCAGUGUUCCAUCCACCUGAACUGUGAAGAUACCCAAGUCCUACACCAGGCCUUCGAAGACGCCACCAAGGGGAUCCCUUCUCACAGGCCCAUGAUUGAACUUUGUAUUCCAUCAUCACUGGACCCCACCCUGGCUCCUCCUGGCUGCCAUGUCAUCUCGCUCUUCACUCAAUACACUCCCUAUACCAUGACAGGCGGAAAGGUCUGGGAUGAGCAAGAGAAAAAUGCUUAUGCUGACAGAGUGUUUGACUGCAUUGAGGCCUAUGCCCCAGGCUUCAAGAAAUCUGUGAUCGGCAGAGACAUCCUGACACCACCUGAUCUUGAGAGGGUCUUUGGACUUCCUGGGGGGAACAUUUUCCAUGGAGCCAUGUCACUGGAUCAGCUCUACUUUGCCCGACCGCUGCCGCCACACUCCAACUACCGCUCCCCAACCCGGGGUCUGUACCUCUGUGGCAGUGGAGCUCAUCCUGGAGGAGGUGUCAUGGGAGCAGCAGGACACAAUGCAGCCCAAGUGGCCUUUGAAGAUUUCAAGAGCAUGUGAGCCACAGAACUAUCUUAAGAAAGGGCUAUUGUGAAGGCUCUUAAGCCCCAGUCUACCCAAGUCUUUACAAGACUUUCUCCUCUAAACCGAUAUACAUCUGGGCUCUCAAGACCUUAUAGCAACGCGGUAUAAUGAAGAGUGCUGUCUCUGGAGACAAAAGAAACCUAGGUUAGAAUCCCAUGUAUUAGGUUUACUUGCCUUUUGACCAUGAGCAAGGUAUACAAGCUUUCUUAGCUUUAAUCUCCUCAUCGAUGAUAAUAAUUCCUGUAGUAUCUACCUCACAAGAUUGUUGAGAGGAUCAAACGUGGUUAUGUAUGUAAAAGUACUAUGCAAAAUGUCAUCUAUUACUGGAACAGAUCUCUAGUGGGAUAAGGAGAAUAUGUAGGAAUUUUAUAACAGUGGGACCCCAAAUAUAGUUACAGGUACAGCAAUCAUAUGUCCCAGAUAUCCUGGGAGAGAUCCAAUUUCAAAUGUUGAACAAUCCUUGAACUCUUAUUAUGAAUACAAGGUCAAAGUGAUUUAUUUUGUGGAUGAAUCUGUAAUCUCCUUGAAAAAUUUUUUUUAAUUUUACAUCAAUAUUCAUUAGUGAAAUUGGUCUAUAUUUCUCUUUCUCUGCUUUGUCUGUCUCUGGUUUGAUGUCAGGACCACAUUUGUCUCAUAAAAGGACUUUGUUUCCUGGU